UCUUUAACAUUUGGGAUGCUGCAAAUGCCGAAGUUAAAUGAAAUACCUCCGGGGAGGGGAGGCCCGGGGGAGCCUUGGGGAGAGGGAAGAUGGGCGGGACCAACAGGUCCUGAAGCUGCGCGGAGGGCGCGGGGGGCGCGGGGGCAGGCGCGGGGCGCCCGAGCUCGGUGGGACAGCUGGGAAAACUCCAGGCCACCUCCACAUCCUGGCCCAGGCUGGAACGGGCAGAGCCCCUUCUUCCUCUGUGCCCCCUCCCCCCCGAAAUUCAUCAUGGAGAGUAAGGAUGAGGUCAGUGACUCCGACAGUGGCAUCAUCCUGCAGUCUGGCCCGGACAGCCCUGUUUCCCCAAUGAAGGAGCUGACCAACGCGGUUCGCAAGCAGCAGAGGGCCCUGGAAGCGAGGCUGGAGGCCUGCUUGGAGGAACUGCGCAGACUAUGCCUGAGGGAGGCGGAGCUGACGGGCACUUUGCCCACAGAGUAUCCCCUUAAGCCAGGCGAGAAGGCCCCCAAGGUCCGGCGCAGGAUUGGAGCAGCGUACAAGCUGGAUGAGUGGGCUCUGCACAGAGAGGACCCCCUGAGCAGCCUGGAGCGCCAGUUGGCUCUGCAGCUUCAGAUCACCGAGGCGGCUCGCAGGUUGUGUGCGGAGGAGAACCUCAGCCGGCAGGCUCGCAGGCAGCGGAAGCACGCUGCCCUACAAGAGGAGAAGAAGCUGAGGGAGCUUGAGCGCUGCCUGGGUGAUCGGCGGCGGAACAGCGAGCCCCCGCCCACCACUGUGCCCUCCCUGGCCAGAGAGCUCAGCGCCUCUGAUGAUAGCUCCCUGUCGGAUGCGCUGCUCCUGGAGGAAGAAGAUUCCAAAGCGCCAAAACCUGCCCCAGAGUCCCCGGCACCACCUUCACGGCCGCUCCCACCCCAGAGCCUUGAGGGCCUGCAGCCAACAGGACCUGAGUCUGGCGGCCUGGAACGGGCCCCGAUCCAAAACAGUCCGUGGAAGGAGACCAGCCUGGACCACCCCUAUGAGAAGCCUAGGAAGUCUUCAGAGCUCAGUAGCGAGUCCAGCAGCCCGGCCACCACUCCUCAGGACCAGCCUAGCACCUCCAGCCUGUGGCUGCUGGAUCCUGCCUCCUGCCAUGUGGUCCCCGUCCGAAAUGUUCCUGGCCAGCGGCAGGGCCGCACCAGUGCCCCAGCUACCCCUGAGAUGCAGGGCCGGAGGGGCCAGUCGCAGUCUCUGAGGGUGGACUCCUUCCGAACAGGCGUGGAAGGCCGAGGUCGGAGUGCCUUUCCCCGCCGCCGCCCCACUCACUACACGGUCACCGUGCCAGACUCGUGCUUCACGCCCAGCAAACCCCCGCUGCCACACCCUGCCUGCCACUCUUGCUCUGAAGACAGCGGCUCUGACGUCUCCAGCAUCUCCCACCCCACCUCACCCGGCAGCAGCAGCCCAGACAUCUCCUUUCUGCGGCCCCUCUGUCCCCCUGAGCCACCUCGCCAUCGUGGGGCCUGGGGCCCGGCCUGCGGCAGAGAGCUGGCCACUCACUACCCUAAACUGCUGCUGCCCGCUGGUUACUUCCCCACGGGGCGCUAUGUGAUGGUGGCCGAGGGCCACCUGCCACCGGGCGAGUGGGAGCUGUGUCGCGCAGCGCUGAGUGCUGCCUACGACGAGGAGGGUGCUCCCCUGCGCUACCAGCGCCUGGUGCCCUCCCACAGCCGCAUCGUGCGCACGCCCUCGCUGAAGGACAGCCCUGCGGGCAGGGGACUCAGCAAGGCAGCCGUCUCCGAGGAGCUCAAGUGGUGGCACGAGCGGGCACGUCUCCGGAGCAGCCGCCCCCACUCGCUCGACCGCCAAGGGGCUUUCCGUGUCAGGAGCCUGCCUCCCGGGAGGGAGAGCUUCGGGCGGGCCUCGGGACCCCGGACACAGGUGCCCCCAGUGUGUGUACUCCGGAGGUCGCCAGACGGGGCUCCCAUGCAAGUCUUUGUGCCUGAGAACGGAGAGAUCAUCAGCCAGGUGUAACGACUCUGCAAGCCUUGGCCACGACCGGGAAAGACUUUUAUAUUGGAGCUGGGGGUUGAGACCCUCACCCUUAAGUGCUUCUUUCGGCUCUCCUACCCUCAUCGCCGGCCGAUGACUCAGAGCUGAGACCUUUCUUUUUUACACGAGUGUUUUCCAGAAGCCCUGACGUGAGGACUUAUAUCUGUGAUUUGUUGUCUUCAAGGUUCCGAUAAUAUGAUUAUAUACUUCAUCCCCCAGAGUCUGGCCUUUUGGACUUAAGGUCUCGCUGGGCUAGUUGACAGCAAUUGUCUUCUUAUGCAGGACAAGUGGCAUCGAGGGCCUCGUGGGGUUCCCCGGAUGCUCUGUGCCUUCUUUCUGAGGUUCUUACCUGCUGGAGGCGGGAGGCGGUACACACGCAACAAGGACUCUUCUUCCCUUGUUUCCGAGAUCUCUGGGUACCACUCGCUGGGCAGGGCUCUCCUCUCCCCUUUAUGUGCUCUAUGAUGCACACCACUCAGCGGCAGGACACGGCAGUAUGUCCUGGUGGAGCCUUGUCUUCCCGCCAUUUUCCUGACUCCACGGGUCUCAGUUAGCAGCCCUCAGCACUGUUCUGUCUCCAUACCCUGGAGCUCCCAGACCACUGAACCUGGAGUUGGAGGCUAACACUAGACUCUCCAAUCAGGGGCCUGGGCUAGGGGGCUGGUGGGUGGGAAACACCUCAUCCUUCACAGCCACUUCUGGGCGUUGUGAGACUGGGCUGGCGGCCAACUAUGCCCGCUAAAAUCUUCAUAGUCUUCGACACCAGCACCUUGAAAAUUAUAUAUAUAUAAAGUGUCAUUCUGUGGCGUGUUUGAGGUGUGAGGAGGCAGUUACUGCCCCUUCCAUUUUCUCCCCAGCCAGCUUCUGCUCUGAGAAAAAUCCUUGUUUGUUCACCCCUGGAGAAGCUCACUGAUGACUCCUGAUGGGGUGUUGGAUUGUCUUAGACGACAUGAACGAAUUGUCCCAGGUUCCCAGACCAGGCAAGCCAGGAAGCUGCCUGCGUUUAGACUUCCCGCACGCUUAACCUUCUAAUCCUUAGGCCUCCUUUGCUGCCUGGGCAGAUGCCCAGGUCAGCAUCUUGCCUAGGAGCAACUAGGAAGGUUAGCGAUGUGAUUGUGUGUGGCCUUCUUCCCUUGAGCUCGCCCCCAGUUCUUCCCUGGACUGGAAAAACACUGAUCCCGACUCCAAUGGUCUGUUUCUCCUGCUGGAGAGAAAACAGUGUGGCCCCAUGGCACUGGGGUUGGGGGAGGGGCAGUGUUAGGAAUUUGGGAGGCUAGAGGGGGCUUGAGGGGGUGCACAGGGCAUUUCUGUCACUGUGUUCUUACUCCAUCCUCUGGUGUCUCAGCUCCACUCUCCACAUUGUGUUUGAAUGCCCUGCUUUGGUUUGUCUGGCUUCUGAGCCCCUUCCCUAGUCUAGAGAUGCCCCCCUCACACACCCCCGCUCCCAGUAUGUGCUCUGGAUCCCUAAGUGCCUUAGAUCCUAGUCACAGAGCUGAGGGACCUGUGAACGCUGGUCCCUUCCCACACCUGAGCAUCCUUCACAUUAACUUAUUGGUCUUACCUAACAGCUGUUUCGUGUGUUCGCACAGUGGUGGUGCCCGCAGCUGCAGGGCGGAAACCAUGCAACACUGUGCCAGAUACUUCAAUAAAGUCCGAUUGGCCCAGA